UUCCUGCCAUACUGGAUUGUGGAAAGGGAAGAAAAACAGGUUCAACACUUACAUACAGUAGCUAUUUUAAGUGCCAGUAGGCAUUGGGUUUGAUGUCCUUCAAUCAGGAAACAUUAGGCAAGAAAAUAGAAAUACAUCAAGCUGCCCUAUACGGUCACCCUACAGAACAUCCAAAUGAAAAGCAUUGUAAAAUCUAAAUAGCUCUGCAGAUGUGAUGGAAACACAGCAUAUCCUGGUCUGGCGUAUUUGUCUGAUCCUGGCCCUCUUGCCCCACCCACACCAAUGCCUGUCAGUGCAUUUCCAGAACAAGGGUCUCCUUUAUGUGGCUCCGGGGAGAGACCUGGUCCUGCGGGCCCAGUUCCAGAUUACACCAACAGAGAAGAUCAUCAUGGUGAUUUGGGACCGCCAGACUGAGAAGGGUCAGGGACAGGUCAGGCUGGCCGAUUACCAAGAAGCACCUGGCAAUCCUCUAGACCAGAAGGGGGCCUUAUUUAGGGUGGAGAAUAUAAAUUCAUCUAACUAUGGAGUCUACACCAUCACUGUGACUGACCAGAUGGGGAACGAGAAAUCAGCAAAUAUACUUGUUAGAGAGAUUGUUGCUGCUCCUGUGGCGUCUUUGUCGCUCCAGUGUGAGGUGGCCAAUGACAGGGCACAGUGGGACAGCCCAGUGUUUUCCUGGUUGGUGGAUGGGGUAGAGCUGUCCAAUCAGACAGCCAAUCUCUCUGCAGAUGGCAGGAGACUCUACGUGUCCGGAAUGAAGGGCCACAACUACACCUGUGUUGUCAACAGCAGUCUGGGGACAAGUGUCACAUACUACGUCACUGAUUCUCCUACACCAUCCCAAAGUAACCAAUUCUGGAAGAUUGGUAUACUAUUGGCCAUCAUCAUAGUGCUUCUAAUCCCAUGUGGAUAUCUCUCCUGGAAAUGCAUACAGCGGAGGACGACUGUGACUAUAUGACCUUAGGAGGUCCAUCGCGUUCCAUUAUCAGUCUUAUUUAUGACACUUUGUUACACACUGCACGAUCACACAAGUCUUUGGCACAUGCGGAGACAGUGAUAUGAGGAGUUUAAGGUAAUAUUCUAUUGCAACAAGUCACACUACCAGACCAAAUAUCAUUCCUAUCAAGAGCUGUGGCCCUAUUCACCAUCAAUAAAAUAUAUUGAUAUGCCUAUUUAUCAAAUUAAAAUUGUAUUGGUCACAUACACAUAUUUAGCAGAUGUUAUUGCGGGUAUAGCGAAAUGCUUGUUAUUGGUGUAUUUAUAUGCCUAUUUGUGGUAUUUAUUUAUGCAGUGUCCACACAUAUAUUUGGACUAAUUAUAUCUUUGAAUCUUUUUUUUAAAGUACUGUAUGCCAUCACAUUUACAUUGUGCACAUGUACAAAUAUGUUCAAAUUAACCUAAACUUAAACCUACUUUUGUGAUGCCUAUGUAUGCUAUAAAGCAAAUGGGGGGAAAAUGCACAUUAUUGUGACGGUGCAUGUGUGCAUUUAACCUAUUUCAUAACCUGUGAGGAAAUCUUUGUAAGCGUCCACUUUGCUACACUUCCAUAGGAGACAGUGAAGAGACAUAGAAACACAGCACCUAUUUAAUAGCGCCAUCCACUGGCUUGUUUUAGAAAUUCCUCUAUUCAUAAUAUCACUUCAAGGUGCAACUUUGGUUUUAGAAGUGGGGGGUGUCUGCAUGGUCAUGGUCCUACCUGACCGCUCGGAGGCGUCUGCAUGGUCCUAAAGAACACCGUUGCCUCGUUUUAUAUGACAUUCUAAUGACAAAACUGGGGGGGACAAAAAAGCUAAUUCAGAAUGUGGGGGGGGACAUUUCGUUCAUGGAUGUCAUUGUCAUUCACAGAGAACUUGAAUUGAAAAUACUGUACCGUAUUGUUAAUUGUUUUUGCAAAUGUAGAUAAGGUGAUUUAAUUAAAGUCGCAAUCCAGUC